CCCAAAUUCUCUAUUCUGAUUUUAGUGUUGAUUUGGAAGAAAAGAUGAGAAGAAGAAACUGCAAUUUGGAGCUCCGGCUGCUUCCCUCCAUUGAUGCCGGCGACCAUCACCGCAACUGGAUGGAAGAGACUAGCAAGAGCCCAGAAAGCCAACAGCAACAGUUGACAAUUUUCUACAACGGAAAGGUUUGCGUCUGUGAUGUCACGGAGAUUCAGGCGAGAGCUAUUUUAUCAAUGGCAACUCGAGAAAUAAUGGAGGAGAAAAUGAACUUGAAGACUCCAACCGCAUCGGAACCGGCCUCACCGACGGUGCCUUCUGAGGUCUACAGUCCGGCGACCGCACUUUCUAUGAAGAGAUCGCUGCAGAGAUUUCUUCAAAAGAGAAAGCAUCGGAUCCAAGCCACGUUUCCCUACUGAAAAUAUUUGAUUUUCUAUUUCUUUGGCGGUUGAGAAGGGGAUAAAAGGAGGAUAAUCUAUUUUCUAAGUUUCCAGUGUUAUCCGGGAUUAUUAAUUUAUUUCUCAAUUUCCAAAUAGGGGAGAAUUUUUUUUUUUUUUGGUAUAUUUGAUGGUGAGAUAUAAAGAAAAAUAAAUAAAUAUCCUGCUCAAUGUUUGAAUUUAAAAUUAGAAUUUUAAAUUUUUAAUCGAUUGUAUUAUCGGUUGAAGAAGUUUUUGUAAAUUAUGGGUAUUGUAUUAAAUUAAAUGACUUAAG